AUGUUAUUAAAGCAUCAAAACAUAUAGCAAUACUUAAAUAAGUUUAAAAUAUUCCAUUAAUAGUAGCUUGAUUUAUCGUAUGUUACAAAUUAUCUCGACCUUUUCCUACAAUCUUAGUGCAUGAACAUACCUUGCGACAGAGACUAGUUUAAUUACUCUAGUAUAACUCGUUCAUAAUCUCUACAUGUCUGUAGAUGAUUAGAUCUUAACAUUUUAUCUCCCAAACUUGUGCACAUGUUGUCACUUUUUGGGCAAAUAAACAUUAUCAGAUAAGAUUAUGAGACGCAAGACUAACAAGUAAGCAAAGUUGAGUCUCAUUUAUGCGAGUAAUAUUCGGGAUGCAACCAUCAGUCUUAUUGUGCUGUUCAGUAACAACCAUUGUGUGGAAACCAUGUUCAACUACCGUUCGGUGUACGAUGCGGCUACCCGUACAUGGUACGGUCCAAGAUUGAAGCCUCUGUUCAAUCCGGAAGCAAGCUUGGGACAAAUUAUUCUCGAUGUUCUCAAGCGCUCUCCAGAUCGAGUGAUCCAGCAGGACAUGGAUACUGGGCGAUCUAUGACGUACGCAGAGUUUCAAACGAAAUUGAUUCGUUUCGCACAAAACCUUACGGCGAUCGGUGUUUGCAAGGGAGAUAUGGUAGCGCUGGCAAAUGCAAAUAGUGAAAAUUUUGCACCUCUGGCCUGUGCGUUAUUAACGAUUGGGGUACCGUUCAAUCCACUAGCGCCCAGUUUCAACGAGGACGACAUGGCAAACAUGCUACAAAUAACGAAACCGAAGCUUGUGUUUUGUGACGCUGACAACUAUGAAGUGGUUCGGAAGGCUUUGCAACGAGUCAUUACUAAUGGGGAUCAACUGCCAUCAAUAUAUGUGUUCGAAUGUUCCCGCAGCGAUGUAAAACAUACUGAAGACUUACUGAAGGAAACAGGACAGGAGAAUGCUUUUAUGGCCCCCUACAUUGAAGAUUCGCACAAAACGUUAGCUGUUGUUCUAUGCUCUUCGGGAACAUCUGGUGCUCACAAGGGUGUUGGAUGGACUCAUAGUGCUUUCAUUCGCGAGACAACGUUAUACCACUUUUCGUCAACUCCAUUAAUUUAUUUCAACUUUAGCGCCAUCUACUGGCUGACAGGGUUUUAUACCAUGAUAAACUUGUUCUUCAACGGAGGUAUCAGAGUUAUCACGCGCAAACCUUUCAACGAACAACAGUUUUUCGAUGCUAUCGAAAAGUAUCGUGCCAAUGUUGUCUUUACACCCCCCGCAUAUGCCUAUACAGUGUUAGCGCAUCCUCGUACAAAAACGAUUGAUUUCAGCUCACUUCAUAAUUGGGUCGUCGGUGGUAGCCCCGUUCCGGAACAGUUACGUGAUCGAAUAGAUCAACUGCUAGCACCGACUGGGGGUCGUUCGGUGAACGUAUUCGGAUCGUCCGAGGUUGGUGGCAUUUCGUUGGAUUUGAUAAAGAGAAAACCAGGCACUAUCGGUCCACUGAUGCCAAACGCGAUGGUACGUAUUGUGGACGAGGAUGGCAGACGGUUGGGUGUUGGAGAACAAGGUGAGCUGUUGACAAGAACUGAGGAAGAUUUUGGUGGCUACUAUGGUAAUGAAGAGGAAUCGAAAUCUGCGCUAGACUCGGAUGGGUUCUUUCGUUCCGGCGAUAUCGGGUACAUUGAUGAGGAAGGUUUCCUGUCUCUGAGUGACCGAAAGAAGGAUAUCUUCAAGUAUCGCAACUUCCACGUGUCACCAUCCGAUCUGGAAGCGAUCAUUCUUCGCAUUGAAGGUGUACAGAAUGUUUGCGUGGUGGGAGUUCCGGAUGCCGAUGGUGGGACAGAUCUGCCGGCGGCCGCCAUUGUCCGGCACCCGGGUGCCAUGCUGGAAGCCUCACAGGUGCGCAUGAUCGUUGAUGGACAGGUGUCCGACUUUAAGCGAUUGCGCGGUGGUGUUCACUUUAUCGAGGAACUCCCUAAAACCAGCAGCGGUAAAGUGGUGCGUCGGAAGGUCAUCGAGAUGAUAGCGCACAUGAAUCAGCAUCCCCAGCGCGAUACGGUUGGUAGGGUGUAAAAAUUUAGCCUGACGCCGAAAUAUAGCUGUUAUCUUACCAACUACCAGCGUUUACUGCUGUCUAGAUGUAUUUACUUUGAGCUUUAGUCCGAUUACUGCGAGCGCGCGUUGCCGCGGAACCUGUUUGCCUCGGGAAGUCAGUCGGAGAUGCUCGAUCUACGCACCAGAAGAACCGGUUUGUAACACGGGAAGCGGGCAGCGUGGGUAUGCAAGUGUUAAAAGUACGAGAGUUCCCUGUACAAACUUGCUGAAAGGCAUUUGGGCAGUUGUUAUUGUCAUUGUCAUUAUUGUGGUCAGUCGUUUUAUUUCGUUCGUUGAAUUCUGCUUCUCAUCUAC